AUGUCUUCUUUCCAAGAUCUCGAUUCCUCUUUCGAUUACAUUGUUGUAGGUGGUGGAACAGCGGGUCUAGUUGUGGCUUCUCGCCUUAGCGAAGAUAACGGCACUCGUGUUCUAGUUGUUGAAGCUGGUGCCGACAAGAGCGCGGACCCUUUGGUCUUGACGCCUGGCUUAGUGGCAGGCGUCUAUGGAAAGGAUGAAUAUGACUGGAAUUUCACCUCAGUGCCUCAGCCUGGUUUGAACAACCGAAGAAUUAACCAAGCACGAGGCAAAAUGCUUGGAGGCAGCUCUGCCUUAAACUUCAUGUUGAUGCUGUAUCCAUCAAGGGGAGUUUUAGAUGCCUGGGGUGCGCUGGGCAACGCUGGCUGGAGUUUCGACGAGCUCGCGCCUUAUUUCCGCAAGUUUGGCACUGAUCAUCCUCCUCCCCAGUCCGCAAAGGACAUAGUUGGGCUGGACUACCACGAUCAAACUUUGAGCGGAAAAGGCCCAAUUCAGGUCUCCUUUGGCGAAGGCUACAGCUCUAUGAACGCUGCGUGGAUGAGCACAUUCGAUAAGCUUGGCCUUGGCGUGACUGGUGAUCCUCGGAGUGGGAAGGCCUAUGGUGCUUUUCAGAACCCGUGCAGCAUUGAUCCGGAGAACAAGACGAGAAGCUUCGCGGCGAGCGCUUAUUACACACCGGAAGUGGCUGCACGACCAAACCUGGUAGUCUUGACCGAGACACAGGUCAGGAAAGUCAUCUUUGAUACUGCCGGAGACGGUGUAUCUGCGACUGGCGUUCUCAUUGUUAGCAAGGCCGGCGAGGAGAAGAUAAUCGAGGCGAAAGGGGAAGUGAUCCUUGCUGCAGGAACUCUCCAAACACCUCAGCUAUUGGAGCUGUCUGGCGUUGGUGGGAGAGACUUGCUCGAGAGCCACGGCAUUCCUGUGGUGAUUGAUAAUUCCAAUGUUGGAGAGAACUUGCAGGAUCACCCGAUUGUCUGCCAAAGCUUUGAGGUCAAUGAAGGAGUGCCGUCAGCGGAUGUUCUCCGAGACGGAAACAUCCUCAACGCUGUUGUCGGCCAGUAUAUGGCCACGCGUGAGGGCCCACUGGGCCAGAGCACAAUUAGCGCUGCUUACACGCCUCUCGCCGACAACAACGGGCUGUUGUCAGGAGACGCAAAGAAGUCUCUUCUGGCUACACAUGGAAAGCAUGCGAGCUCGCCGACUGGAAAGCUUGUGCGCUCUCUUAUCGAGACAUUGGACGAGCCAAGCAGCGAAUACCUGCUUUUUCCUUCUCAAAUCACGAUUAAUGAUCAUCCAGCCAACAUGGCCGAGUACAUUUUGCCUUCCAAGCCGGAGAAUUACAUCACUGUUAUGACGGUGUUGAACCACCCGUUUUCUCGGGGAACGGUCCACAUUACUAGCCCUGAUUUCAAAGCGUUGCCAACAUGGGAUCCGAAAUACAACUCAAAUCCCCUCGACCUGGAGCUUCUGGCCCGCAACGUUCAAUUUGUCGAGCGAAUCGUAGGCACUGAACCUUUCAGCUCGCUACUCAAGCCUGGAGGGAAACGCUUGCCCGAGUUGAUGGGCGACAACUUGGAGACUGCCAAGGAGAUUGUGCGUCAAAGACAGAUUUCAGUGUUCCAUGUUUCGGGCAGUUGUGCCAUGAUGCCACAGGAGGAUGGUGGCGUUGUUGACGAGCGACUAAGGCUCUAUGGGGCGAAAAGUCUUCGCAUUGUCGAUGCCAGUGUCUUCCCGAUUGAGCCCUUGGGUAACAUCCAGAGCACUGUUUAUGCGGUUGCCGAAAGGGCCGCUGACAUCAUAAAAGAAGAUAUGAUGACUGCUAGAGUCCAGGGGUAA